UGCCAAGUGCAGCGCGCAGUACGUCUGAACUAUUCAUAGCGUGCGGUGGUUUGGCUUACCAGCUUUACCAGCUUCGUAGCAGUGUCUAAAAGUGUUACAGUUAUAGCUAAGUUAAAAACAUAAGUAAUAGACGUGUGAAUGCGUCAAAUAGUGUAAUAAGUAGGUGUUUGGUCUCUUCGGCAGUGUGCAGAAGAUUUUUUGAAAACCAUAUUCUAACUCUUUCUUGUUGAUAUGAGUUGCUAAAAUCGCGUGAACACUUAAAACGACGCACCGCUUCGUCAAGUAAAAAAACUCAWCUACCUCCUUAUAAAACCACCAAAACUACUAUCAUGGCGUUCAUAAAUUUACCAUGCCUUAACAUUCCAAAACGCUUCAACAUAGCGGUAAUGUUAUUCGUGGCAUGCCUURUGAGCUAUAUGGUGCGUGUCAAUCUAAGUAUUAAUAUCAUAGCUAUGGUCGAGCACACGGACCCCAAUGCCACCGAACCGCUGCCAAAUUACGGKCCACGCUACAACUGGAGUCAAACAGAUCAAGCCAAUUUACUAGGCGCUUACUUCUAUGGCUAUAUGAUUACCUCACUGCCGGCGGGUAUGUUGGCCGAGAAUUUCGGUGGCAAGCCGGUAGCUGGCUGGAGUUGUUUGGGCGCCGCCGUGCUAACGGCACUAACACCGCUAGCCGCAGCAUGGGAUAAAUGGGCUGUGUUCGCGAUACGUUUUCUGAUUGGUUUCUUUAGUGGCGUGAUUUACCCGUGCUGUCACAAUUUGGUCUCCAAGUGGUCGCCACCUGAUGAGAAAGGCAAAUUUGUCGCCUCUUUAAUGGGUGGCACAUUUGGCACAAUGAUAACUUGGCCCAUUUGUGGUGUAAUUAUCGAGAGCAUGGGCUGGGAUUGGGCUUUCUAUAUGGUUGGUCUAUUCGUAUUGAUCAUGACAUUGAUUUGGUUCUACGUUGUUGCCGAUAGUCCAGCACAACAUCGCACCAUUUCCGUGCAAGAGCGUGAAUAUAUUGAAAAGAGUCUGGGCGAUACCAUCACAACGAAGAAGCGCUGGCCACCAUACAAGAGCCUCAUCGUCUCUCUACCCUUCUGGUCAUUACUGCUCUUGCAUUAUGGCAGCAUGUGGGGUCUGUUCUUCCUAAUUACCGCCACACCUAAGUUCCUYAGUGAGGUGCUCGGCUUCAACUUGUCUUCAGCCGGCUUCCUCUCCAGCUUGCCACAUUUGGCGCGUUUACUGUGCGCCUUCGGCUUUGGCGCAAUCGCCGAUCUCAUUCGCCGCAAGAGUUGGCUGAGCGUGACAAUGAUGCGCAAAACUUUCUGUCUACCUUCGCACAUUCUGCCCGGCAUCAUGCUAAUCAUACUGGCAUAUUUUAUUAGAGAUCCGUACGUUUGUGUCAUCAUUAUGACAAUCUCAUUGGGUUUCAAUGGCGCGGCGACCGCAUCUAAUCUGCAGAACUCACAAGAUCUGGCACCCAACUAUGCGGGCACCCUGUACGGUAUCAUUAACUGUAUUGGCACUACGCCUGGUAUUUUCUCGCCCAUGAUUGUGGCUGCCUUUACUAAAGAAAGUAACACAAUUGAACAAUGGCACUAUGUGUUCCUGAUAGGCGCCGCGGUCUAUAUAAUACCUGCGCUGAUAUUUUGGGUUUUCGGUUCGGGUGAAAUACAAAAAUGGAACGAGAUCGAUAAGAAAUCGUCUAAGAACGACACCAUCAACACGAAACUAUARAACUGCAAAAGUAUUGCAUAUAUGUGGUGUUAAUUUGUCGGAUAUUCUGGUAUUAUUGUAAACUUUAUUUAUACUUAUGAAAUAUGGGUUGUGAAAAUCCAUGGCGAUUUGAUAUAUAUAUAGUGCUUACAUAAAUUAUUAAGCCCAUUUAUAGGGCUGUACAAGAGAGCAUGCGUAUGUAGAGUAUAGUAUGCUAUAGUGAUAUAUUCCUUUGUACCAUUAAGCUGUGAAUUUAAUAAAUAUUGAACUUAUAUAUAAAUUGUAUAUAACUCCAAAGA